GCGUUCCCAUGGCGACGGCGUCCUGGCAACCGCUCCCGCUCCCGCAGCCCGGCCUGCGGCGGCCGCCCCGCUCCUGCAGCCCGGCGGGCGGGCGGAGGCCCCGCGCCGCGGGCGGACGGACAGACGGACGGACGGACGGACGGACGCCCCGGCUGCUUGGAGGCAGCCGCGACGCUUCGCAAACGGCUGCUCUAGCGGUGGCAGCGCGUUAAGGAGCGGGGCUCAGCCGGCCGCUGGGAUGCAGGGAAAGAUGGGCAGCGCUGUCCUGCCCUGAUCCAGCACGGACAUAAAUUAUUGACCAGAAAAUGGCCCAGCGAAGCCCAAUCUUCCCAACUCUUGCCCCUUCUGAAAGACGGGUUCGAAACAUACCACUGCAUAGCCAGGCAUUGACAGCGGUCCCACUGGCAUCUGCGAGCCUGGUGGAUCAGCUGGAAGACAGAAUCCUAAGCCAUGAGAAAACAACGGCGGCUCUUGUGGAACACGCUUUUCGCAUUAAGGAGGACAUUGUUUCCACUCUGCACAGAAUGCAGAACAAAGGGGGGGGUGACCGGUUGGCUAGGCAACUCUUGGAAGAACAUAUCCGAAACAUAACGGCAAUAGUGAGGCAGCUUAAUCGGGACAUUGAGAUGCUGCAGGAACAGAUACGUGUCAGAGACAAUCUCAGCUAUGGAACAAAUUCUACACUGAAGAGUCUGGAAAUGCGGCAGCUUUCUGGUUUAGGAGAUCUUCGGGGAAGAGUUGCAAGGUGUGAUGCUGGGUUAGCCAGACUGUCUGCAGAACAUAAAAUUACCUAUGAAAGACUUCAGAGCUUAAGUAAAGACCAACAGACCUCCAAGCUGAUCUUGGAAUCUAAAAUCAAAGAGGCAGAAAUACAGAUUUCUCAUCUUCUGAGCAGAGUAGAGCAAUCAAUAAUGCAACAAGAAGCAAAGCUGAAGAUUGCCUACAAAGAGAGCAACCAACAGCUCCACCUUCUGGAUAUGAAAUUAAAAAAUGCUAUUGAGGAACUCAGCGGCCAGAUUUUGUCUGCACGUAGCUGGUUGGAACAGGAACACGAAAGGAUUGAGAAAGAGCUCGUGCAAAAGAUUGACCAACUCUCAUCGACUUUCAAGGAAAAAACUGAAAUGAGUGAAAGAGCUAUAGAGAUGAAAUUCAACCAAAUGGCAGAGAAAAUUGACAAAAUAGAAGAAAUACAGAAGAUAACCAUGGAAGCACAUGAAGCAAAACAGACUGAAGAAAAGAUAAAUAUUCGCAUUGGCAAACUUCAAAAUGAGAUAAAUGAAGAUAUAAAAGAAAUGAAAGCUGAAGUUAAUGCUGGAUUUGCAGCUAUCUAUGAGAGCAUUGGGUCUCUACGGCAAGUUCUAGAAGCGAAAAUGAAGCUGGACAGAGACGAACUACAGAAGCAGAUCCACCAAAUGAAGCAGGAGGUUCCAACAUGGGGAGAGGCUGGACCAUGACUGCAAGAUUUUGUCCGAGGGAUUAAUGUUUACCUGGCUAAAAAGGCAGACUGUAAUCUUGUUGCAGUCUGUAAUCCAAAUUAAAUGCAUGUACCAAAUGACAUGCUGCUGUUGCACAGGUCCGUAUGUUUACUCAAAGCGGUAAGUGCAAGCUCUUCAUAGAUCAGCUGACAAGCUUUUAGGCAUGAGGUGCUGAUUUGCCACUGCACUACUCUAGUUACUCUCAGGAGAUUAAACACCGUGUAAAACUGGAGUAAUAUACUGGUGAAGCUGGCACCUAAUUUGCUAAAGGCAUUCCAGUUUCACAGGCGUGAUCAGACAAGUAAACGCUUAUAUAUAUUUAAGCACCUGCACAUCCCCCUUAAAAAAAAACAACCACAAAACAAAAACCAAAACCUCCCCCAACAAACAAGUUGAUACAAAUUGUUUGACAUCAGUUUGGCAAGGUGCUCCACCUUGAGACAAAUCACUUGAUGGAAGGCAAUGACACUUUUACAGUGACUUUCUCUACUCCUGGCUUCCUGGGGAGACAGAAUUGGCACGAAACAGACCAAUAUUCAAAACCUAAAUACUAACAGAAAAAAUCUUUGUUCAGUUUUGCAAAUAUCCUCUGUGUGUGUAAACCAAGUAGUGUUAUAUAAUGUAGUUGUAGAAGAUGAUUCAUCAACAACAUAAGAAACUUAACUUGCGUGGUCUUGUAUUGUAAUAUUUUUAAAUUAAUAGCCAAGUGGAGCUGAGACAAGGUAAAAGAUGUACAUACGAGUAUUUUAUAACUGGGCAUGUGUUCCUGUGACUUGUUUCAUUAUAACUUUGAAAGGUUUGAAAACAAAAGAGAAGGUGAUAAUCUAACAGUCUGGAGAGUGUAAUGUAAAAUAAGAUGCAGUUUAUGAUCCACUUAGAAAUUUUCCAUGAAGUAAAACAACAGAUUCUUCAGAUUUAAGUAGACUUUGGUAAUUCAGUAAUUCAAACUGCUAUUUGUCUUCACAGUAUUUCCAAAUAAUAAUGGUGCUUAUUUCCAUUCUCAGAACAGAUUACGUAAUGAAAAUCAGCACCCAUAUGGCAUAUUAAUCUAGACAGGAAAAUAGAUAUAUAUGUUGAUUUUGUACCUUCAUUCAUAGCUUGAUAUUGCUCCUCAUGUUUGUAAAUCAUGCAGGAUUAAGCACUCAUGAAGAAUAGAAGACUUAAUCCAGUACCUUCUUAAUUCAUACUAUUAACAACAACUCAUAUACAAAAAUACUUCUAAUUUACACAAGCAUUACUGUUAAAGUAAAUAAAUUAUUAGGAUGUCUCUGCACUGUCUUUAAUGGACCUUUCUUUUGGCUAGUAUUGCAAAACCAUAUUCCUAUUUGGAAUGGUGGCCAGUUUCUCAUCACUUCCAUGAAAAGAAGGUUUGGCCCACAGAGUCAUAUUUAUAAAAAAAAACAAAACCAAAAAACUCCAGCAAAAAACAAAACUCCAAAAACUUAAAUUCCUAUUUCAGCAGGACAGUGUACUGUCUAAAAAGCAAACUCAGCUUUACAGGCUUAAUGCCUAAGUUUAUAUUCAGUUCCUAUAGAGUUGAAAGUAAUCUAACGUAUCAAAGAUACAUGAAGUUUGUGCAACUCUGGCUUCCAGUGCUCUCUGAUAACAAAACUGCCCCCAUUAUUCCUGUUUUGUAUCAUUCAUGUGCUGUGAAAUAUAUUUACAACAGCGGCUAAGGGGAAAGACCAGUUCACUAAAGGCAGACAAGGAAAUAUUUGCAGAUAUUUCUUAAGAAUUGUCUUUAAAAUUCAUUCCUUUUCAUUUCUGUAUUCUUAUCUAGUCUUACAUAUUUAGCCAUGGGCAGUGGAAAGGCCAUCACCAGUGGUUCACUUAAAAAAAAAAAAAAAAAAAAAAAGGAAAAGAGCAAAGACAAAAGCAACAAGAGAUGGAAAAAAAACCCCAACAAUUUUUUCCUCUGUAAUUGGAAGUCUGUACCUGAGAGAAUCUGGUAUGAUUUGAAGAGCCUACAAGGAAUCAGAGAAACAAUUUAUAUAGGACUGCAAUAAAAUGUUUCUCUUGUAAAAAUCUUGUGUGAUUCAUGCAGAUAUAAAAUAACACAUCAAGCCCUAUCCAAUUUUAUUUCUGCUGUUUUGAAAAGAUUUUUUCCUUAAAUCUCAGCUAAAACAAACAACUAAAAGCCCAAAUAAAACAAUAUUGAAAUGCGAACUACCAUCAAGCAGUGCCUUCAAACUAUAUAAAGUGCUGUGCGGAGGGAGGCACAGGUUAUGGGGACUUAUAUGCUGGAAAGAGACAGGCAGAAAUGGUUAGCUGGGAUACACGCAAGUAUAGCCUGCCCAUCGUCCAAUAUUUUCAGAGUGCUCUAACUCGUCAGUUGUGAAAGGAAGCCACAUACUCCAGUCCAAGAGUUUCUGCAGAAAAAUUGAGAAAAAGCCAGGAUGGAAAAAGUAAUAUGAAGGAAGACUGAAAAAUCUGGAGAAGUAACAGAGAAAAAGAGUAAGUCAAAAGAGUGGAGCAAUGGAACACAAAAGAGUGGAGCAAUGGUAGCUGCAUUGGCAGAAGCAAGGAAGAGUAGCUCCCUGCUGCUGAAGCACAGAACAGGUCUGAAGAUUUUAGCAAGAGCUGAAAGUUACAGACAAUACUAUAUUUGAUAAAAAACAAAGACCCCUCAAGGAAGGGCACAUUAAUUGUUUUGUCCUAAUUCAUGCUCCCUAUUUGCCUUCUGCAUUUUACUCUGCUCAAGCAAUUGGAAAAAUAAAUUCUUUUGUUUUCCCUUCAGUUACUUUAAAGUUUUCUGCACAAAAUAGGCCAACAAUGGUCUGUCUGCAUAGUCUGUCAGGGAGUGCUCCUAUCCGAUAAGUUACAGCUGAGUCCUUCAAGGGAGAAUUAGAGUCCCUGUAUCUUCCAAUCAUCUUGAAGUUGCACAGCAAAAUCCUUUCCUCUGAAACAGCAUGCCCCCACGGCAAUUACUAUGAAGCCAGGAGGACAGUAUUAUAGGCACUAUGGUCUAUGAAAGCUUGAUUUUGCAAAACAGAAACCAAUUCUGAAAACUGACCUGCAGAGAUCCCGUAAAACCAAAUAGAAGGAAAUAGGUGUGCUUGGAAGUGGAGCUGCUCCUUUAUUUUUCCUUUCCAUGCUCGUCUCCAGUGGCAUUCCUGUGUGCCAGUCCUUUAGGGAUACAGAUUGCUUGUGAUGGUGGAAGUAAUGUGCUUUUUUUUUCAGUAUAAGUACUCAUGCUGUAAGUCACCAUCUGUACAGCACCAAACAUGGGUCUGCCAGAGCCCGCAAGUAGAAAAAGGCAGUGAGAAGAGGCAAUGUUUUUCUAGAUUACACACAAGCAAACAGAACAAGACUUAGUGUGUUUGGGAAAGUAUAAUACUGAAUAUGCACAAAAUACUAUUCAAAACACAAAGUACACUGACAUGACCAUGAACUCACUGAAGGAAGGAUUGGAAGGAGCCUUUAGAAGCCAUCUGCUCCAUCUCUCUGCUUCAAGAUAGGGCCAAUUCUACCUAAAAUAUUUGUCAUAGACACUUGUCUAACCUGCUUACAAGAAUCUUUCAAGAAUAAACCAUCGACUAAUCCAGUCUGCUCCAAUGCUAAAGAACACCGCCCUGCCACCCAAAUACCUGGACUUUCGAUAGGACAAGACAUAAUGGGCUUAAAUUUCAAGCACAGAAGACACAAACCCUAAUUUAUUAAUUCUUCCCUGCAUAUCCAUUAUUUUUUUAAAACAAUCUGUGUUUUAAAGAAUACGGAUCUUUGCCCAACAUUCCUUAAACUUUUAUUCUCCUUCAUACGUACCUAAAAAAACCCCAAAAAACCUGAACAACAAAAACCAAACCUCAUAAAACCAACCACCGCCAAAAUCCAAAACGAGCCAAAAGCAGACCGCUUCCUCUCAUGAAGCUUUUAAAUCUUUCUUUUGUCAGCUAUUUAGGAUGCAUGAGACUUAAACCACUUGCAUUGUGCAGACCAUAGUGUUCAGUCAGCUGUGUUGCCUGAAUGACAUAGCAAGUGUCAAAGGAUAAACUCAUAAAAAGUUUUUUACCUGGGCUACAUGCCUUUUACAUUAGCAUGUGAUAACAGUAGAACUACAGUACUGUGCAGGGAAGGACUUAACUGUAAACAGAAAUAUGUCAGCAGUUACAGAGCAAUUGUGUUUAGAUUCAUUAAGCAAAUCAAAGUAGUGAUACAACUAAGAAGUUAAAAGGAUGAUCCUGACUUCAACAUCUAGUUGUUUAUGUAGUACAGUUUUAUAUUGUGGAUAUUCUGUCAUUACAUACCGAUAUGGUUCAGUGGACAGUUCCUUGUUGGAGAAAAACGGUAUGAAAGAUAAUGAACAACAGCAUAGUCCUGUAAUAUCAAUUUAAACUGAAAUGUAAUCUUUUCCAAGUUUCUACAUUUCCUGCUCUACCUUUUUAAGUAUUUAGCCAUUUGUACCUUAAACUGUUCAUUAGACAUGUAUUCAAAUAAUAGAAAUGUCUAAGGAGAGAGACACAUGACAAACCGAUAAAGCCCUCCUAUGUGUAAGGGAGGGAUUCCUCUGGAUACUCCCCACAGUGCAAGAGAUUCAGAAGCGAAUUUGAAAGAAAAUAAUGGAAAUUCGGUGCAAGUCCUCUAUUGAGUUGGCCACAGGGUGUCACUGUUACUCUUGGCAAGCAAAGGAAGAUGCUUAAUAUGCUGCAAUACCACUGAGACAGGUCUGGAAAUAUUUAACAAAGUUAUGCAUUUUGACAAAAGGAAUUUGAAAAAAAAAAA